AUGGGAGAGCUCAGGGUUCUUCUAACCAAAAGAUCAUCCAAGUUACGGAACUUUCCUGGCCAUGUAGCCUUACCCGGUGGAAAAGCCGAUAAUGGACUUGAGUCGGAAUGGACGGUUAGUCGAAGAGAAAUGCACGAAGAGAUUGGUUUGUCAUCACAUGACGAUUCGUUGGCGAAGUUGGGAAUCAGCAUAGAACACAUCACACUAUUGCCCAGUUACUUGUCUCGUACCUUUUCAUGUGUUAGACCGUGCGUUGGAUUUAUGAAGUUCAACAACGAGGGCGAUGUCGAAGCGACAAUUGCGUCAAGGUUGAAUCUCGUUUUGAACCCCGGUGAAAGCUCGUCGAUAUUUUCAUGCCCAUUAAAAGAUUUCUUGUAUCCAGUAGUUGAUGAACCAGCAAGUGAAGCGUUGGAACGUGUUUCUUAUCAUAUGAAAUGGGGAGGUAUACCAUGGUCCUUGCGAUCAUACACGUUUUUGCAAAACAACCCUAAUGAAGUUGAAUGGUUGAAACAUAUAAAAGACCUAUCGGCACUGGAAGAUGAGGAGUUGGGAGAAGAGUUGGACCAGUCUGACAAGGGCAGAAUAACACCCCCAAAUGCGACUCCAUUAAGAUCUAUAUCUCCUUCCAGAUCAAGGUCUCCAACUAGAGACAGUAAACUAGACCCAAGGGAGACCAAGCAAGCAAAUAGCAAAAAGGAGAAAAAGGAUUUGACCUCAUGGGGAAGACUUGGUUCUCGCACAGACGAGGAGACGAACGAGAAGAUAUACGAUGUUUGGGGCCUCACUGCCAACAUCCUCCAUGACUUGAGUGAAAUAGUGUAUGCUAGAGACAGAAUCGGUAAAAGACAAAUUGGAGAAGAGGAAAUGAUUUACUGUCUUCACGAAUUUGGUCAUCUUAUGCAGCAAAAGGAACGCAGUGAUGCAGAGGUUAAAUUGAUUCAUUCUUCAAACACGCCAUCAGCAUCGCGUGACGGUGAAUUUGGAUUUAAUCUGAUAUUACCUCCAGAAGAAUUCAGUAGAUUGAAAAAUUUGUACAAAUUAUAA